AUGGCGAAGACAUAUGCAUUAGGACUUAUCACAGCAGUAGCUGCCUCAGCCUCCUUAUCAAAGAACAAUUGUGCUUACGCUGAUGGCCCUUUCAGCUUCUCACCCUUCUCUACUCCUUCUUCCAAUGCUUCCCAACCCUCUUCUUCUUCUUCUAAGCAAUCUGCGCCGUCAAAUCCACCCUCCUCCUCGUUGACUGGGGAUGCUGCUGAGCCUCCUCCUCCUCCUCCGAAGGUUCGCAAUGAUCAUCCGAGGACAACUUCGGCUGGGUUCGAUCCUGAGCCGCUGGAGCGGGGUGUUCAGGCCUUGGAAAAAAUUAGCCAAUCUUCUAGUGCCAAACAGGUACUUGAAGCUAUAAAGAAGCAAGAAGAGACAAGGCAGGUUGAGUUGAAUGCAAAGGCUGCAGAGUAUAAUGCACUGAAGGCCCAAUUUGAAACGGAGAGACAAAGGGUCAUCUAUGACGAGCAGAAAAAGCUAGCUCAGCAUCAAGCGCAAACAAAAUCCCAAAUGGCUCGCUAUGAGGAUGAAUUGGCAAGGAAGAGGAUGCAGGCUGAAAAUGAAUACCACAGAUCAAGGAACCAAGAGCUUGUAAAACUGCAAGAAGAAUCAUCGAUUAGGCAGGAGCAAGCUCGGCGUGCGACAGAAGAACAGAUCCAAGCACAGCGUCGACAGACAGAGAGGGAGAAGGCUGAGAUAGAGCGUGAAACAAUCAGAGUGAGGGCUAUUGCAGAAGCAGAAGGGCGAGCCCAUGAAGCAAAACUAGCCGAAGAUGUUAACAGGAGAAUACUGAUAGACCGUGCAAAUGCUGAGAGAGAGAAAUGGGUUUCUGCAAUAAAUACCACAUUUGAUCAUAUUGGAGGUGGCUUGAAAGCCAUUCUGACAGAUCAGAAUAAACUAGUUGUUGCUGUUGGGGGAGUGACAGCUCUAGCCGCAGGAGUUUACACAACAAGAGAAGGUGCAAAGGUGAUAUGGAGCUACGUGGACAGAAUAUUGGGACAACCAUCACUGAUCAGAGAGUCCUCUAAAGGGAAGUACCCUUGGUCAGGAUUAUUCUCACGUUCUAUUGGCACCCUGUCUCGUGGUGGCAACAAGGGUCAUACAAAAGAUGGGAAGGCUUUUGGUGAUGUUAUUUUACACCCUUCUCUUCAGAGAAGGAUAGAACACUUGGCUAAUGCAACCACAAAUACAAAAUCUCAUCAGGCGCCAUUCAGAAACAUGCUCUUCUAUGGUCCUCCAGGAACAGGGAAGACAAUGGCCGCUAGAGAGAUGGCUCGUAAAUCGGGAUUGGAUUAUGCAUUGAUGACGGGAGGGGAUGUUGCCCCACUUGGACCACAGGCUGUUACCAAGAUACACGAGUUAUUUGAUUGGGCGAAAAAGUCACGGCAGGGUCUGUUGCUUUUCAUCGAUGAAGCUGAUGCAUUCUUGUGCGAGAGAAACAAAACCUAUAUGAGUGAAGCUCAAAGAAGCGCACUCAAUGCUCUCCUAUUCCGGACUGGUGACCAGUCCAAGGACAUAGUCCUUGCCCUUGCCACGAACCGUCCCGGGGAUCUUGAUUCAGCUGUGGCAGAUCGUAUUGAUGAAGUGCUUGAAUUCCCUUUGCCUGGGGAAGAGGAGCGCUUUAAGCUGCUAAAGUUGUAUCUGGACAAGUACAUUGCUCAGUCUGAAACAAGAAAACCUGGUUGGUUCCGUAAUUUGUUCAAGAGACAACCGCAGAAGAUAGAGAUGAAGGGGUUGACUGAUGAUAUGCUCAAAGAAGCAGCAGCAAAGACUGACGGAUUCUCUGGGAGAGAAAUAGCAAAACUGAUGGCAAGUGUCCAAGCUGCGGUUUAUGGGAGUGAGAAUUGUGUGCUUGAUCCAAGCCUAUUUCGUGAAGUUGUAGACUACAAGGUCGCUGAGCAUCAACAGAGAAGGAAACUGGCAGCCGGAGAUAAAGGUAGCGUGUAG